GCUACAUGUGAAACACAGACACACCAUUUCAGAAGAGUGAGAAAAUGAAUGGCUGCUGAACCACUCGGCUUGAGAUUUAUGGCUGAAUGAGAUGUCUCAGUAGGUCAGGUUUGAGGUGCUGUCGGAGAUGCCAUGGAUACCCAUGCCGUUCAUGCAACACAGCUGUUUCUGGGGAAAGACUUUGAACAAAUAGCAGAGUCCAGGGCGGAGAAACACCAACACUUGCGAGAACGCAACAAUGUGACUUCCUGUCGCAGCCCCACAAGAGAACAUGGUGCAAGUGUCAUCAAGAAUGAACUCAAGGAAAAGAGGCAGCUGGAGUUCAUGAGGAGGAGAUCAUUCAGCCCAGACCUGUGUGGUCUGAAGUCUGCAGGCCAGUCUUCCAAAAGAAGACGUUCACCAAAGACCCCUUUAGUUAAAUAUAGCAGCUCACAGAUGCUUCAUGCAAAUAUUCCCAAUACUCCCUCUGGUAAUCAACAUCCAGCUGUGACAUCACCACCAAACACAUGUGUAACUGAUGAGCCAAGUGGCAGUAAAUGGGUUGCAUUUUGGUCAGAAGAGGCAACGCUGACGAGAACGGAAAAGAACCACGCAAAGAAACAAGCAUCUACCGCGAUACAAGUGGAGCCAAAGCAGCAUGGACCGAAGAGCACAGACACAAGAGGUAAAUGUGUUAAUGGUCAAAUGUCAAAACUAAACUCAUUCAUCCAAGCUGCAAAAACUGAAAUAUUUUCAGUUCAAACUGAAAGUACUUUCCGUAAAAACACAUGUCGAGAGGUCGCUGUGCAGACAGAAUUUGGCUUCAUCGCCGUCAAGGAGUCAGACAUCCAACAGUUAGCUGACUGCUUGCAGGAGGCUUUGUGGAGAGAGGAGGCAGUAAAGAAGAAGCUGGCAGCCCUCCAGGAAAGCGUUUCAAACCUCAUAAACUCCUCAAACAACAUAUGGACAGCUCGCUGCAGUGAAGAUCUGCUGAGAAACAAGAUCAAUGCGCUGGAGGCGCAGCUGCAAGUGUGUCUACAGAAGUUUUCUAAAGAUGGAGUGAAGAAACUGGCCGUGCAGAUGGAGAAGCAGAAGCUGAUGUAUGAGGAGAAGGCCCUGGUUGCUCUGCAGAAGGCGACACAGGAGAAAAUGGAGGCGCUCAGCAAGGCAGAGACGCUGCAGGAGGCUCUAAUCUGUGCACAGGCAGAGACACUGAGGUGGCAGAGUCUGUAUGAGGAGCAGAAGAUGACCACUGGACAGCUCAAAAAGAAUCAAAACAUCAGCCUGGAGCAGUUGCAGCAGCUGCACAGCCAAAUGGAGAUGACACAAGCCAGAGGGGCAGAGCUGAGGGAGGCGCUUUCAUCAUUAAAACAAGAGAAGAAGGCACUACAAUACACCAUUUUCCUCCUCGAAGAGGAUAAUCAGAUUUUAAGAGACCAAAUCCAGAACUUUAGAGAUGGCAGCAAAGAGAGUGAGGACUUUGUGGUGGAGGACACACAGACCCAACUCACCAUGCAAAAAGACUCUCAGGUGGAAGAGCAGCUACGGAACACACAGGAGAAGCUGCAACUCAAAGAGAGAGAGUGUGAGGAGCUGCAGAUGGAGCUGCAUGCCAUGGAGCAGGAGUGUCAGUCCACUCAGGUCCGUCUGUCGCAGUGCAGGGAAGAGCUCCGGCAACGCAGCCAUCCCCGCAGCAAACCAACGCUGUGUGGUUCCUGGUGGAGGGUGGUGGUGCUCUUCCUCCUUCUCAUUGCUCUUGCAGGAGCUGCCAUGCUGUGGUUGUGGCAUCCCCCUUUCAGGGAGCAAGUUGAAGACCUGUAUGCUGACAUAGAGAAACGCGUCAAAGACUAUCUCUUGACUAUGGCGUGUCCUCAACACUCGGGAUGUUUCAGACCAAUAUGAUAACAUUGCUGCUCAGGACAAAUUACUUUUAUUAUUUUUUAUUUAAACUUGUGCUAUGUAUUCCUAAAUGACUUAACGUUCUCAACAUUUGUGAUUUGAGCUCAAACAUUUUUAUGGUAACAAUGUGUCUGCCUACAGAGGCCACACUGUACUGUACAUCUCUGCACCAAGUUCAAAUACAAGUGCACAUGUCCUGUGACAAUAUUUGCAGUUACUGGAAACAGUAAACUCUGUGGUGCAACAGCAACAGAUCAAUAAUAUUUUAGAAACUAGUCAAUUAUUCAUUUCAAUAUAAUAUUUUGCUGAAUAUUUUGAUGUAGAAAUAAAGCGGACCUUGAAAUGUGAA